UGAGUUCAUGGCUCUGUCCCUUGCCAACUUGUCAUGAUAUUGAUAGCUACAACAGCACAUCAUGAUGCUUCUCUCCCCUCUCACAUAUAAAUCUAUCAGCUUACCACCACCAUCUCAUCAUCACUUCAUCCACAAGCCAACCACUACAGCACCUGUUACAAAAGUUUCUCUGAACUAUUAGCCAAGAAACAAGGAGAAUCAGCCAUGGAAAGUGCCAAAGAGGCUUGCCCUACUAGCAAAGAAAUGGCAGAGAAUUGCGGCCAUGGGGAGGAAGAGGAUCACCCAGACUGCAACGGCAAAAAGAGCAGCCGAGGAGUGCCGCGCGAUGACCCCAGUAGCAGUGAAGGGACACUGUGCGGUAUACACCGCUGAUGGGAGCCGGUUCGAGGUGCCACUGGUGUUCCUCAGCACGGCAGUCUUCAGCGAGCUCCUGAGGAUGUCUCAGGAGGUGUUUGGAUUCUCAGGCGGCAAUGAUGGCCGGAUCACGCUGCCCUGUGACGCUGUGGUCAUGGAGUACACCAUGCGCUUGCUCCGGAGAGAUGCCUCCGCCGAAGUAGUGAUGGCGUUCCUGAGCUCCAUCGCGAGGCCGUGCUGUUUUGACGGCAGUGUGGCGGCGCCAUGCAUAGGGCUUAGCCAGUAUGUAGCUGUUUGUUAGCUUCUAAAGAAUGGCAGGUAGCUAGGAUCCUUAUCCUAGGCGCCAUUUUUGCUCAAUAGAAGAUGUAAAUAUGAAGCUAGUAGAUUGGAAAUGGAAAACUAAUUUGAUGAAA